AUGGUCACGGCUGCCCUCACAGUGGGCUCUGUUUUUCGCCUGCAGCAGGUGGUAUCAGCCGUGCGAGCAGGAGUGAACCCUUCCGGAAACUCCGUGAACCAGACGAGCCUGUGGGACCUCAGCUCGUCCUUCUUCUUCGCCGGAACAGUGAUCACAACAAUCGGGUUCGGGAACAUCUCCCCUCACACAGAAGGCGGUCGGAUCUUCUGUAUCGUCUAUGCGCUGCUCGGAAUCCCCCUGUUCGGCUUCCUGCUGGCUGGAGUGGGAGACCAGCUGGGCACUAUCUUUGGAAAGGGCAUUGCCAAAGUGGAGAAGAUGAUCGUGAAGUGGAAGGUGAGCCAGACCAAGAUCCGGGUCAUCUCCACCCUGAUCUUCAUCCUGUUCGGUUGCGUGCUCUUCGUGGCUCUCCCGGUGGUCAUCUUCAAACACAUCGAGGGCUGGAGCACGCUGGAGUCCAUCUACUUUGUGGUCAUCACACUCACCACCAUCGGCUUUGGAGACUUUGUGGCUGGAGAGAAAGGUGGGUCAGAGAGUCCGGCGGGAGCGUCCACGGAGAACCAUAUUUACCUGAACUACUACAAGCCCGUGGUGUGGUUCUGGAUCCUGGUGGGACUGGCGUACUUUGCCGCCGUGCUGAGUAUGAUCGGGGACUGGUUCCGAGUCAUCUCCAAGAAAACGAAAGAAGAGGUGGGGGAGUUCCGAGCCCACGCCGCAGAGUGGACCGCCAACGUGUCGGCAGAGUUCAAAGAGACCCGCCGGCGCCUCAGCGUGGACAUCUACGACAAGUUCCAGCGCGCCGCCUCCAUCAAGCGCAAACUGUCCUCGGAGCUGGGAAUCAACGCCACGCUCAGCCAGGAGAUGACCCCCGGGAAACGGACCCUCUCAGUCAACCUGGGGGACGAGUGCUACAACCUGUCCCUGCCCUUGACCCCCGUCCCAGGAGCCCUGACCCGCAACGGCAGCCUCUAUCUGAACGGACUCAGCCCAGACUACGCCGUGGAGCGACGGGACCUGCCAGGAAUGGAUAGUCUCAAGUAG